UUGCACAACAAGGUCUAUAAAUAAAGACAAGAGGAACAAUAAAACACAAAUAAAUAGAAAUUAACACUCAAUAUAAAAGUUUAAUAAUUCAUUCACAUUGUAGCAAAAGUUUUUCAGACAAAAAUAUAGCAAAAGUGAUGAUGAACGAGUUCUUCGGGGGGGGGGUCAUUGAAAGAAUUGAAUUACUUGUUCUAUAAUUUGUCUCAACAUAUCUGGACCUUUGUGACACAUUUUGCUGAAUUGUGUAUUUAAAUUAUUGCCAAAUGUUUCCAAUGUAGAAGAAUCUGUCAUUGGGGGUUCAGAGGUCAGUGGUCAUCCUUCCCUGGAAGAAAGAUUUGUACAUUUCAAAGUUACAUCCAUCAAUCUGGAGACUAGAACUUUGCCCGCUAGUGAACAAUUGUGUGCUGUGAUAAACAAUUUAAUGAUAAACACGUCGGUUGUUUGAAUAGGAACGAUGUUCAUCUCCAGUAACAUGUUGUUUGGACACUGACACACACUUUCAGUAGAAUCUCAUUAAUAUCACCCUGACUGACAGCUCGUCUAUCUACAUGUGCAACCUUCACCCAUUGGAUGGUACAAGCUGUCAAUCACACAGUGUCCACGCCCCAAAACAUACGAGCUUCAUGGUCAAACCAGCGAUACAUCACGGUUGGUUGAUACUUUGUCACAGUGGAACUUUAACUGACGCUGCUGCCACGUGAUUGGCUGCCUGCAUGAAUAAGAAGCUGGCACUGAGUCACUAGGUGUUACAUCAUCAAUCAAUAAGCCAAUCAGAGCUGUUUACUCAGGAUCAGGAGUCUAUCUUUACCUGAGAUUAGGAGCAGACGUGGUGCAGUUGUCCCACUUCAUUUAGGACAUGUCCUCCAUCAGCAGCUCCGUCUGGAGGAACCACAGCUCCACCCUGGGGGGGGGACGGGACCCUCCCCUGUCCGACCAGGGAGAGACCAUCAUCGGAGUCUACCUGCUGCUGCUGGGUUGGUUGUCCUGGUUCGGAAACAGCAUCGUCCUCUUCGUCCUGUACCGGCAGAGAUCCACGCUGCAGCCCACAGACUACCUGACCUUUAACCUGGCCGUCUCCGACGCCAGCAUCUCAGUGUUUGGUUACUCCAGAGGCAUCAUUGAGAUUUUCAACGUGUUCCAGGGCAGCGACUACCUCAUCUCCUCCAUCUGGACCUGCCAGGUGGAUGGGUUCUUCACGCUGGUGUUCGGUCUGAGCAGCAUCAACACACUGACGGUGAUCAGCGUCACUCGCUAUGUGAAGGGAUGUCACCCGAGCAGAGCUCAUCACAUCAGUGUGUCCAGUGUAUCCGUGUGUCUCCUGUUGAUCUGGAUCACAGCUGGAUUCUGGUCUGGAGCUCCGCUGCUCGGCUGGGGGAGCUACAAGGAUCGAGGUUACGGGACGUGUGAGAUCGACUGGGCGAAGGCGAGCCACUCGAGCGUGUACCGGUCGUACAUCAUCUCCAUCUUCGUCUUCUGUUUCUUCGUCCCCGUGCUCGUGAUGCUCUUCUGCUACGUGUCCAUCAUAAACACGGUGAAGCGAGGCCACGCCCUCUCUGCUGAGGGCGACCUCACCGACCGCCAGAGGAAGAUGGAGCGAGACGUCACCAUCGUUUCCAUAGUGAUCUGUACGGCCUUCAUCCUUGCCUGGUCUCCGUACGCCGUGGUGUCCAUGUGGUCGGCGUGGGGUUUCCACGUGCCGAACCUCACCAGCAUCUUCACACGCCUCUUCGCCAAGUCCGCCAGUUUCUACAACCCGCUCAUCUACUUCGGACUCAGCUCCAAGUUUCGUAAAGACGUGGCGAUCCUGCUGCCCUGCGCCCGCGACGCCAGAGACACGGUCCGGCUGAAGAGAUUCAAGCCAAAGCCCGAAGCCCACGGCCGCGCCGCCGCAGGAGGAGGAGCCAGACUCAAGGUUCCUCCAAACCAGACAGAGAAGAAGUACUCGCCCGGGAACUGGCCCACGCCGGCUCCCGGCCCAGCCGGUGGGAGGAGUCCGCCCUGCACGCCGCCGCCCGUCAACAAGGAGGUGUUCUACAUGGACGUGCCGCGGCCGUCAGAGGCCAGCGCCGAGUACGAGUGUGAGAGACUCUGAGGGACGAGCAGCCGCCGCUCUAUGAAGACAUGAACAUGUGACACGUGACAGAUUUCGGAUCAGAUCAGACAUCAAAAAACUAAAGAAGAAGAAACAACAUGAGACGAGUCUGAGAAGAACAUGUAGAACGAGUUUGUUUCAGCAUCUUCAGUUUAAAGUAUAAACCGCAUACACACAUUCACACACACACACACAUACACACACUCACACAAACACGCAUACACACACACACACACACACACACAUACACACAUACACGCACACACACA